UCCUCCCCCUCCCCGAUUUUCUCGGAUCACAGAGACCACGCCGACGCGCGGCGCCGUGACCCGGCGUCCAUGGCGGCUCGCCGGAGCAGCCUGCAGCAGAGGGAUCCAGCGCGCUGCUCCGUCGAUCUUGGCCACCCGUGCUUCUCUCAUGGCGUUAGCGGCGGGAGGGAGGACGCCGGUGCCGCGGCGACUUGAGGAUGGCGAACGGGGCGAGGCUACGGCCACCGCGUCGUCUUCUUGAGGUGCGGCAACAGCUGGAGCUGGUGGGGGCGCGGCGAGCGGAGACUCCACGCACGGUGACGGCCGCACGCGGCGGCCCGAUGCGCUUGUCAACAAUUCAACUGUAUACUCCUGCAAUGAAGCUCUGGGGGUAUGAUUCGAGCCACUCGUGCUUCAACCAAUCAUCCAUCAUACAGCUGGCAAGUGAAAUAAGUCUUUAUUAUUUCAGCAGUUGCUUGCUAUCAGAAAGAAACCGCAAACUUGGCAACAUAUGGACUUCAGCAGACAGAGAAGUCUUCAUUUUUUCAAAAGAAACCGACAUAACAGUAAUGGAAAUUCAAACGGUGAACAUUGACGCCUGGAAAAUAACAGUUAGUUCAUGCAUUGCAGCACAUGAUUCACAGUCAACAUUUUUUGUCAAGUUGACAAUGUCAGGAAUAAUUCAACAUAUUAACAUUUUUUGAAUACAUGGUCAACAUUUAUUUCUAUACAAA